AUCACUGGGGAGUAGGGUGGAGCGUGAACCGGAAGUGGAAGAACCUUCUCCCUUUCCAGGCGGAUUCCGUUUGGCGCGGCCCCCGGCUCUCAGAGAACUUUCCUUCUCCCGGCUCCCGUGGUUGCUGCGUCCGAUCCUCUUAGCCAGCAACCCUGCUGUGCCGCCUUCAGUCCGGGCUUUCCCGCCGCCGCUGCCUUCGCUCCUCGCCCUCCCGCCCGCCGUCUUCGUUCCUACUCUCCAUCCGGCCGGCCCCGCCGCAGUGAUGUGCGACAAGGAGUUCAUGUGGGCUUUGAAAAAUGGAGACCUGGAUGAGGUGAAAGAUUAUGUAGCCAAGGGUGAAGAUGUUAAUCGAACACUUGAAGGUGGUAGGAAGCCUCUUCAUUAUGCUGCAGACUGUGGGCAGCUUGAAAUCCUGGAAUUUCUGCUACUGAAAGGAGCCGAUAUUAAUGCUCCAGAUAAACAUCACAUCACUCCUCUGCUGUCUGCUGUAUAUGAAGGUCAUGUCUCCUGUGUGAAACUGCUUCUGUCAAAGGGUGCUGAUAAAACUGUGAAAGGCCCAGAUGGACUAACUGCUUUUGAAGCCACUGACAACCAGGCAAUCAAAGCUCUUCUUCAGUGAUGGCUGGAUGGACUGAUAAAUAUGGAAGAAUGCCUCUCCCGUGGCCUCACACUGCUGCCUGUCUGUCUGUCACUCUCUAUCUGCCAGCUUCUUCAGCUAAAUAUUUUAAGAGAGGUGAGGGGAGAGAGAAAUUCAUAAUAAAUCAGAACUACCAGAAAAGCUAUUUUUAGAGAGAGUAAAUCCAUAUGAUCGGAACUUUAUUAGGAUUCCUGAUCAUGUCACUCUCUCAUGUUUCUAAUAAAAUUCAGCUCAUGCCCUGAAGGGCAAAAACAAAAUAUACUGUUUAACAUUCAACCUGUGCAGCUCCCUAACUAGUUUUAUUAAUUAGAUUGUGUUGAAAGGUCUGAUUAUAUAAAGGCCUACUUCUAUAUAUUUUGUAGCCCUAACCUUGGCUACCAUGUUGUAAACUUAGGGUGCUGAGAUAAGCAAUUAGCUAUAGCCCUCUGCCUUAAGAUUGCACUGUAAUGGGGAUUUCCUGGCCUGCUUAAGAGUGUUACCUAUGGUUGGUGACCAAAUCUUUCCUCAGUAACUUUGAUUUAAACAAAGAUUCAAUUCAGAUAAGGAGGGGCAUACCCUUUAAGUAGCUGGAUGACUGGACUUUGAAUUUCUCCUCCUUUUCCAUGUGGGUUUCAUGUGUCCUUAAGUAAAACUGACCAGUCUUAUUUAUAAAUCUUUGGGGAUCUGAAGGAGAAAUAGCAUUCCAAUAUAUUCAUUUUCUCCUCUAGUUCGAGAAUUUGUAUUAUGUAUGAAACACUUUCAGACUAGCAGUGAGUGGGGAUUUAAAAAUAGAAUCAUAGCCAUAAGUUUGUUAGUAUCAUAGAAAAAGAAAACAAGUUUCCUAGUAACUGAAGGUUUUCUUCUACUUAUUUCUAUUUGAAAUUUUUCUUUGCAAUAAAUUUUAUUUGAAGAAUCAAAGAAAAUAAUUUGAAUAGUUUCCUCAGCCCAACAUUGGAUGUUGAUUAUUAUGGGAUAAAAUUAGAUCAUGUUUAGGUGGGAUUUAGCAUUUGGAUAAAAUUAAUUUGACCCAGUCUCCUCAAACAUGAUUUGUUACCGAAUAUCUCAAAAUUUCUCCUGGACAUAUGGCAACCCACCUGGAUAAUACCUGGACAAUUGUAACUUCCUGUUUUAAAAUCAUGUAUUACAUAGGGUAUGAUACACUUUAAAAAUGAUUCUUACAUUUAGAAUAAGUAUCCAAUUGCAGUGUUUUUAUAACUUGAAGAAAAAUAUUGUAUACACCACGUAAUAUGUAUUUCCUGAGCAUUAUGGCAAAGCAAAAUAUGAAUACUUAAUUUUAAUAUCUUGCAUUUAAAUAGUAAUACAAAUCAGAAGUAUGCACUAAACAGAAACAUCCAGAUAAGUUUAGUUUGCUAAUAAAUGUUGGAUUUUUUUUUUAACCUAGUCACACAAUUUUGAAUGUACCUCAGAUUUUUUAAAAGGCCUUGCAUUCAGAUUGUGGAAUGGGAACAAUUUAAUGAAGAUUUUUAUACAUAGUGCAGCAUCCUUCCAGGGAGUUAAAUUACUGCUAAGAACAGCUAGCCUGGCCAAUACCAAAUCAUGUUGAACAGUUGCCGAUUGGUUAAGUGUUAUGGCUUUUUUUAUUCAAGAUCUUUUCCUCUUUAAAUGAUUCCUCUUCCUCCCUCCCACUUCCACGGCCAGUCCAACCCCAUGAUUUCCCUUACUCUGAGAAGCCAAUCACUGAAUAAUUGUUUAAAAAAAAAAGUAUAUUUGGAUAAUUCUGCUGUCUUCAUACAGCCUUUUUAUAUUUAAUAAAACUUAUUAAUCAGGGCUGACCUACAUCACUGAACUAAAAUGGAGACACCUCUUAAAAUGUAGGAUAUCUGUCCAUUUUAGUUCCAUUAAAAUAGUGCAGUGUGUGGGUUUUGGUUCAGUUUUUCUUUUCCCCCAUUAGCUUAAUACUAUCUAAAGGCUUAGAACUUAUCCUUUAUACACUUUCCCCCUUACCUUUCAAAGUGUUUCAUUAUAGUUGACUAUUACAGAAUGUAUACUGUACUUUUUCCCAGGCCUUCUGCUUUCUUCAGACAUUGUGGUAUAUUAGACUAGCUGAUGCUUUGUACAAAGUUAUCCUGUUUCUUGUAAUCCAGUAAAGGAAGUUUUUUGCCUUUCCACCUUUCUCUUUAACUUCUUGUAAGCAAGCCCCAUAAUUGUUCUCUUGCUAAGACAACAUACUAUUUCUAUACUGACCAAGAUGGUUUGGAAUUUAUUUUUUUUUAACUAACUUCAUUAUUUAUAAUAUAUCUCUGAACCACUUUGGCAGAGAAAUUGACAACGAUUUUAACAUUAAUAUUUUUGGGUAAAAAAAAGCUAAAACUGUCCUUUUUUUGCACUACAUGCAUCAGUAAAAGGUCAAAUUACCAUUUUUGUCCUCUUGAAGUAAAAUUUAGCAUCUCAGAAAGAUAGCUUGCAUUUUCUUUUGCUUUUUUUCUUUGAUUUUCUAUUUUCAUUUCCUCCUCUUGUCUCCAGUAAAUACUUACAGGUGGCUUACCUUUACCUCACACCAGCACAUCAGUGAAGUGUCAAAUUACAACCGCCACAUUUAGACAAAUUACUAAGAACUUGGAAAUUCACAGUUCCUUUCCUUUACACACCCAUAUAUUUCUUCUAUGCACAGCACACUUUCCUAAUUCUAGUUGUGUAUAAAGGACAGGUAGAUAUAAUAUGUGGAAGCUGCUGACAAGUAGGCCACUCAUUCCUUAUUGUUUUCAUCCAAACCAUGGUGAAAGACCUAUGAAUACUUACUGAAUUUUAUAUCCUCUGCACCCUCUACUAUGUUAAAUUACAUUGAAACUUAAAUUGAGCUGCUACCUUCUCCCAUGCAAUAUUGUCCGCAUGAGUGUCUAUUAGAAGAAGCUGGUGAGAGUGCACUCCCACAUAAGCAAUUGCAGUGUUUUGCAUGCAAAAUAAAUAAAGCUGUCCUAAUUCUAUUUUGUAAAUGGAGGAACAAUCAUAUCUUUCUAAGCAGUAAUGAAAAAAAAAAUAGUGCUUUUGUGCAUUUUGAUAUAUCUGAGUUCAUUUUUCCACAAUGUAAUUCUUUUGACACGGUUAGGUUUCUCAUAUUAUCCUAGUUCAUAAAACAUCAGAAUGCUAAAUAAUACUGUGUUUUAAGUUUUGUGUUGCAAGAACAAAUGGAAUAAACUUGAAUUGUGCUACA